CCCGACACAGAUGUCUCCUAACUCUAUCACCUCCCACUGCUUUAAGCCCUUCCUUCUGCACCUGGGUAGCUGAGCCAGGCCAGCUGCUUGCAGUCGGCUGCUUGACUUUAGAGGUGGCUGUAGAAGAGGAGGAGGAGUGGGUUGGGGGGGGGGAAGAAGAGACCCAGGCGCACUCACUCACUCACCCACGCACCCACCCAUCCAUACACGCGCGCACACGCACACACGCGGAGGGAGGCAAACAAACAAGCGGCGGAGACGCUCCUGCAGGGCGGGUCUGCGCAGCCAUUGCAUGGAGCGGCUUGCCCAAGGCGGUCGGGCGCAAGGGAAGCCCGCCGAUCUAUGACUCGCCGCCUUCGCGAGAGGCAGCAAGCGGGCGCCUCGCCGUUGACAGCGCCGGACGAGCGGCUGCUGCUGGGACUUCGGCUCGCCUCGGCUCGCCACAAAAGAGGAUCUCCGGCCGGUCGCCUGUCAAGACUCUCGGCUCGUUUCCCCGCUUUUCUUUUUCUUUCUUUCUUUUCUUUUUUUUUUUUUUGCGCCGGGGAUGAUUUUGCAAACCAGGUGUGAUUGCUCCUGGCUCUCGGCGCGGCCCCUCCAGUAAAGCUCCCGCAGCCCCAGCCAAAGCUGCACGGGCCGGAGGAAGGACAGCUGGACUUUGGGCUUUGUGUUUCGUUUCCCGUUUUCCCCCCCACUUUCCCGGCAUUUGGACUCGAGUGCGCGGUCGUGUGGACCGGGGUCCUCCGGAUUGGUGGGGGGGGGGAAGGAUUUUUUUUAAAAAAAAAAAAGAAGAAGAAAGGAAGCGAGGUUCACCUUCUCCUCUUUCCUCGCUCGCCUUUCUCCGCCAGCCGGCCUGGGGCUGUCGGCUCUUCCUUCAAGAAGGACGGGAACUUUUUAUUUUCAGCUCUCUCGGCCUGUGGCGAAUGGUUGGAGUCUCCAGUCCUUUUCGGUAAAAGAUUGAUCACUGGACUGGUGAACGUAAUAGCUGUCCCAGUCAGAAAAGGAGAGAGGAAAUUAGCAGGAAGAUUGGUGGAAAAUGAUAUCUGUCAAAAGAAACACUUGGAGAGCACUGAGUUUAGUAAUAGGUGACUGCCGGAAAAAAGGGAACUUUGAAUUUUGCCAAGAUCGGAUUGAGAAGCAUUCCACAAUGCCAGAUUCACCUGUGGAUGUGAAGACACAAUCCAGGCUGACCCCUCCAACAAUGCCUCCUCCCCCAACUACCCAAGGAGCCCCAAGAACCAGUUCUUUCACACCCACAACAUUAACUAAUGGCACAAGCCAUUCACCAACAGCUUUGAAUGGGGCUCCUUCCCCACCAAAUGGCUUUAGCAAUGGCCCAUCUUCCUCCUCCUCCUCAUCUUUGGCUAAUCAGCAAUUACCACCAGCUUGUGGAGCUCGGCAGCUUAGCAAACUGAAGAGAUUUCUUACAACUUUACAGCAAUUUGGCAAUGACAUUUCACCAGAGAUUGGGGAGAGAGUGCGUACCCUUGUGCUAGGACUUGUGAACUCUACUUUGACAAUUGAAGAAUUUCAUUCCAAACUGCAAGAAGCCACUAACUUCCCACUGCGACCUUUUGUCAUCCCAUUUUUGAAGGCCAAUUUGCCCCUGCUACAGCGGGAGCUCCUACAUUGUGCAAGGCUGGCCAAGCAAAAUCCCGCCCAGUACCUCGCUCAACAUGAGCAGCUGCUUCUGGAUGCCAGCACCACCUCACCUGUUGACUCCUCAGAGCUGCUUCUCGAUGUGAACGAAAACGGGAAGAGGCGAACUCCAGACAGAACCAAAGAAAAUGGCUUUGACAGAGAGCCUUUGCACUCAGAGCAUCCAAGCAAGCGGCCGUGCACUAUUAGCCCGGGCCAGCGGUACAGUCCAAAUAACAGCUUGUCUUACCAGCCUAAUGGUCUGCCUCACCCUACUCCGCCUCCACCUCAGCAUUACCGUUUGGAUGAUAUGGCCAUUGCCCACCACUACAGGGACUCAUACAGACACCCCAACCACAGGGACCUCAGGGACAGAAACAGACCUAUGGGGUUGCAUGGGACACGUCAAGAAGAAAUGAUUGAUCAUAGACUAACAGAUAGAGAAUGGGCCGAAGAAUGGAAACACCUUGACCAUCUCUUAAAUUGCAUCAUGGACAUGGUAGAAAAAACAAGGCGAUCUCUCACUGUGCUACGGCGAUGUCAAGAAGCUGACCGGGAAGAACUUAAUUACUGGAUACGGCGGUACAGCGAUGCAGAGGAUUUGAAAAAAGGCAACGGUAGCAAUCAUUCUAGGCAGCAGAGUCCAGUGAACCCGGAUCCUAUCCCUUUAGACUCACAUCGGGAAUUCCUUCACAGGCCUGCUUCUGGAUAUGUGCCAGAGGAGAUCUGGAAGAAAGCUGAGGAAGCAGUCAAUGAAGUAAAACGGCAAGCAAUGACCGAGUUGCAGAAGGCAGUGUCAGAGGCAGAACGGAAAGCCCAUGAUAUGAUUACUUCGGAGAGAGCUAAAAUGGAGCGCACGGUGGCAGAGGCUAAGCGACAGGCAGCAGAGGAUGCAUUAAGUGUGAUCAAUCAGCAAGAGGAUUCUAGUGAGAGUUGCUGGAACUGUGGCCGUAAAGCCAGCGAAACUUGCAGUGGUUGCAACACUGCACGUUACUGUGGCUCGUUUUGCCAACAUAAAGACUGGGAGAAACAUCACCACCUCUGUGGACAGACUCUACAGGCCCAGCCACAAGGGGAGACACCAGCAGUCAGCUCCUCCGCAACACCGAAUAGUGGAGCCGGGAGCCCCAUUGACACCCCACCAGCAGCUACUCCUAGGUCAAACACCCCUGGAACUCCAAGCACCAUAGAGUCAACUCCUCGCUAAGACUGAACUUUCAAAUACUUAAAGACAAAUACAAAACAAAACAAAACCCUCAUCCUCAGAUACUCAAAGGUUUCUACUGAACUUUCACAUUUCAAUAUUAUAAAAGAAAUUAUAUUGUAUCUUGAGGUAGAAGCGAAACCCAGAAGGCCAGUAACGGGUCAUAAUGACUUAUUCUGGAUAACAAAGAUAUCUUUUCUUUAGGAAACAGAGAAGAUUGAACAUACACACAAUGAUAGAUUUGACCUCCUCCCUGUUAUUUUCCAGUAGCUGGGAUUUUAAACUAGGUGACCUCAUUAACAAAAUGCUUUACCAAACAGCAAACCAAGAGAUUGCUAAUUGCUGUUGAAAGCAAAAAUGCUAAUAAUAUAAAGUCACAAUGUUCUUUGUAACAAAACAAAAAAAAGGAUUUUUUUUAACUGCGAGAAAGAGAGAGAGAAUGAGAGAGAGAGAGAGAGAGAAAGUAAGAAAGAAAGAAAACAAACUCCCUCAUGGGCUUAAGCAUUGGAUAAAGCAGCAGACAUUUUAAUAAGAAGAUGAAUAGCGUCCAUGGGUUACUGACUUGAACUCUGAAGACCCGUAUCAAAAACACGCAGAUGUGCAGCAGAUUAGAAGGAGACACAGAUGUUCAUUUUUUUUUCUUGUUUCUGAAUGAAAUAAUAAUAUCCAGGUCAACAGAAUGAAAAAUGGAAGAUGAUUGCAGUGGGAUGAAGGACUUAAAAGAGCAGCAAAGAGAAAAUAAAAAUACCAUCACACAAAGAUCUCCUCUUCUUUUCUGUCCUUUGUUUCGUUUUUUUUAGUGGGGAUUAUUUUUCUGUUUUGUUUUGGUUUUGUAUUUUUUUUUAGAACAGAAAUAAGAACACAGCCUGCAGUUAAUUAGCAUUUUGGCAGCUAAAAUAUCAACCAGCUGCCUCUAUCCUUCCCCUUCUCAAAAAAGGAAGAAAAAAAAAAACAAGCUUCAAAAUUUCCUUCACUUUUUUUACAAGCUUCCACAGAGGAAGACCAUCCGGUCUGUUUCGCCUAGUCCGUUUUUGUAUCCGCGAUGGUGACAAUGCAGUGACUCCAGCUCCAGAUCUCAUCCAAAUUCUUUCCAUCUCAUCCUGUCUGGGAUAUUAAUUUAAAAAAAAAAAUUAAAAAUAAGGAAAAAUAUAGUAGUUCUCUUGGUGUAAAAGCACUUCUGUCCUGUGAGGUUUCCCAAUUGUGUUUUUUUUUUCCCUUGUAAAUGUGUUGGGGCAAAUGUGAAAAUGCAUUGUAGUUAACUAUGCUCACAUUUAAGUCUUCUUUAUUACUAGUAGGUGAGAAACUUUCUAUGCUGCUUUUAUAUCUGUCUGUAGUAGUAAUAUUUCUCUAGAAGGUCAAAAGAAAAGAAAAGGAAAAAAAAAAAGAAACCCCCCCUCCUUUUUUCAUUUCUCCUGAAGAAAAGAAAAGGAAAAAAGCUAUCUUUCGGAGCUGCUAUUUCACUCUCUUAUAGGGGGAAAAACAUUCUGAAACCUAGCAUGCUUCCUGGAAUGCUAAAAUAUUGGUGUUUUUCUAAGAGGGAUGUACAUAAAUGUAUUUUGCACUGUCAUAAUGACUCCUAGGCAUGCUUUUUUGGGGCAAACUCUUUUUAAAGAUGCUAGAGCCAUUUCACCGAAUUUAUCUGUAGGUUAGAAUAGUGGUGGGUUAUUUUUUAAUUUUUCUCUCCCCUCCUGUUUUUGUUUUCUUUCGUUUUUUCUUUUUUCUUUUGCAAAAUUCAUUAAUAUGUAUUUUAUAAAAAAAAUAAAAAUAAAACAGGCUAUCAUACUUUUUUAAUAAAAAGCAGUGCAUGCAUUAUCACUGUAAGGUUGUACGGUAUUUCUGAUUUUACAAAAUAGAAAUUAUGAUGAUUAGAGCUCCAAAUGCUGAGAUGUAGAUUGACAGCUUUAACACUGCUGAAUGCCAGGUUUAUAUUACAGUAUUAUUACAAAAAAACAAAAACAAAAAAAAAGGGAAGUCAGCCAAAGACUGAUUUGAUGGACCAAAAUCUGAGUUCUGAAAGCAUUGUUUCUAUUUUCCAAAUUAUCAGCAGGUUAAACAUGUUCAGCAAAGGCAUAAUGUACAUUCAUUUAACCCUUCAUUGUCCAUUGUCUAGGCCAGAAAUAUUUGUAAAUGAAAACAAUAAGAUGGUUAUGUGCUUUUCUAUCAAGUAAGCCAUGAAAUAAAUUGGUUUUAAUAUCUUUAUUGAAUGCCACUGUAGAAGGCAUUCCUAAAUGUUUUUAUUUGAAGCUUUCUCCAAGAAAAAAAAAACAAUUCUGUGCCAUACAGUUAAAGUGGAUUGAAUAGGUCUUGAAUACAAAGAACUCCCUCAGUUACAGGGCUGCUCGGUGGCUACAGACAUUUUGUUUAAAUAUCUCUAUUACAGAUAGUCCUAACUUAACCAACUACUUGGUCCGUGACCGUUCAGAUUAUGAUGGCACUGAAUAAUGAAACUUGCAUCUGGUCAUUAAAUUUGUGGCCACUGCAGUGACCCUGCAGUCAGGGGAUGAUGAUUAACUUGGCAACUAGUGCACAAUGAUCUGGGCAUCCCACAGUCACAUGAUCAACAUUUUCAACUUUUUCAGCUAGCUUCUGAAAAGCAAAAUCAAUGGGGAAGCCAGCAGGAAUUCACAAGUUGCAGUUACAUUAUGUACAUAAAGCUGUGGUGGCACAAUGGUUAGAUUGCAGCACUGAAUGCUACUUCUGCCGACUGCCAGCAGUUCAAUUCUCACCAGACUCAAGGUUGACUCAGCCUUCCACCCUUCUGAGGUCGGUAAAAUGAGGACCCAGAUUGUCGGGGGCAAUAUGCUGACUCUGUAAACUGCUUAGAAAGGGCUUUUAAACAGUGGUGGGAUUCAGCCAGUUCGCACCACUUCGGGAGAACCAGUUGUUAACUUUCUGAGCAGUUUGGUGAACUGGUUGUUUGAAGAAAUCAUUAGGGCAGAGAACCGGUUGUUAAAUUAUUUGAAUCCCACCACUGGCUGUAAAGCACUGUGAAGUGGUAAAUAUGUCUAAGUGCUAUUACUAUUGCUAUUCACUUAAUGACUACAGCCAGAAGUGAUGAACUGUCAUAAGUCUCUUGCAAACAUGUGAUUUUCUACUUUACAAUGACAUUGCUGAGCAAUGGAAAGGCCAGUCCCAAUUACAGUUGGUAGGUGAGGACUACUAGUAUUAAAAUCACAUUUUGAGUUUUCUGGAUAGGAGAAACUGUUCCUUCUAGUAUUAUUCAACAGAUAAGGAAGAUUUAGAAAUCUGUGUGAGACAAUGCCUGUAUAAGCUGAGGUGGAGUUUUCUCUUUCCCCAUUUUACUUUUGUCCAGGACAAGAAAGGCAACCUCUACCAAAUGUCCAAUUUUCUGCUGAGUUUCCAAUGCUGGAAACUGGAGAAGCUGCAAAUACAAAACAUCCGUACAGACAACAACGACUCGUAGGGGCUUGCGGAACUAGGUUGCCUCAUUGUUGAGAAACCUGGCUCUUAUAUAGCAGAAGUAUGGAUGUUUGCCAACUGCCUUGCUUUACAUGGAAAUCAAAAGCACAUAACAUCUUCCCUUUGAUCAUGGUGCUCCCAAAUUCAUUCCGAUCUCUUUUGGUUCUUAUUCUGCUUAUGACACUGGAGUCCAUUCCUCUAGAGCUCUAGACAAUGAAGGGUUUAAUAAUCCAAAAUGUAUAUGUAUGUGUAUGUAUGGAGGUGCAUAUAUAGAUACAUGCACGCACACAUACGCACAUAAAUAUAUGGUGUUAUCUCAUAAUUCUAUGUCUCUAGAAGCUAUGAUGUAUGUGAAACAACACUGUUGCUCUUGAACAUAAGUGUGUGAAAGAGGGUUUAGUACAGUAUGUCUCAUUACUUUAUAAUUCAGGGCACCCGGAGUGAAAAAAAAAUACAAAUACAAAAAAAAAAAGAGAGAGAUUACCCCCUAACUCUGAGCUCUGUCUCCUCCUCUUCCUCCUCUCCUCCUGUUUUGCUACAGUCUCCUCAGUGGCAAAAAGUUUCACUCUACCUCUGACAGCAUGUAUAUUGCACCAGUAGCUAACAAAAAAAAACUGGUCUAGUCUAGUCAAACCAAAUGGGCACCGAAGAACCAGGAUACCAAAAGUUAAGCUCAUACAGCUGCAAACCAUAUCACUUCUUGGUAACAAUGCAGACCUCAUAAACCUAAAGAAGAGAAAGAAAGAAAAAAAAACCAUUUUGUUACUUUCCUUUUUUGCUUGUCACUUAUUAUACAGGCUACGCGAGAGUAUAAUUUGUAGGAAUAAACACAUUUUAAAAAAUAAAAAAAAGCUAACUUCAUUGAGUUAGAUCUGAAUCGUGGUCGCUAAUAGAACUAGGGCGUCCGCUGAUCUGUCUCUUCCUCUCCUCUUCCUCUUUUUCUCGGUCAUGAAACUGUGUGUUGAGUGUGCGUGUGGCAGGGGCUACCAGUCUCUUCUUUAAAGAAAAAAAAAACACCCUUCUGUUAUCCUUACUUUUUAAAAGAAAAUUGUGUGCGGGGUGGGGGGUGCGUAUGCCUGUUGGUGUGUGCGCGUGCGUGCGUGUGUGUGUCGGUGCAUGUCUUGGGGAUUUGAAAUGUACAAGGCUGGAUUAUAUGCAAAGCAUGCCAACGUCUGGAAAACAUUUAGGGGGGAAAACGUUGACUCCAUGUUGUCUGAACUGCUCAAGGGACAGGACAAAAUAAAUAAAUUGGAGACUGUUGAAAUGCAGUUUUUUUUUUAAAUUUUUUGUUUCUGUUUUCAAGUACUUUGGUUUUCUUUUUGUUUUAUGUUUAUUUUGAAUUUUUGUUUUGGGUUCUGCGACAUUAUUGUGAAAAGAAAAAAGAAAAAAGUUGUUGUGCAAUACUUAAUUCAGACAUGUACCACAAGUUAAUGGUAGACUAACACUGGGGUGAGGGGGGCGGCGGGUGGGAUACUAGGCAUCAUGCUUUUGUCAACAUACUCUUGAGCUUUUAAGUCUACUAUGUCUGAACUGUGGUUUCCUGUUAAUCCUUCUUUUUUUCCUUUAGUUGGACUGUAAUGUAUGGUCUGUCAACCUGUGAAUCUUUAAAGUAUGAUUCAGGUAUUGUUGUAUUCUUUACUGUGUAAUAAAAAAUGUUAAAAAUC